AUGCACUUUUAAGCUUAGGGGCAUUGAGGGGUGGGUUCCAGGCCUUGGGUGUUGGCAAGGGCAGCCUCAGCAGGCCCUGCUAAUGGACUGAGGCUUGUCUAGAGAUGGUCGACCAUUAUUUUGCUGGGAAAUUCAUUCAGGUAUCAAACCCCCUGAAGAGCAGAGGAGAGGGGCUGAUUAUUGUGACUGUUGUGAGAAGCUUGCACAGAGGGAACUAAGGUUCCAUCACUGUGACUGUCCAGCCCCAGAGCCUCCUGCAUCCUGCCCCUCACUGCAGAGAGUGGAGGAGGGGGGCUGCUCCCAGGUAGUGUCUUCCUGUCCUUGAUGUUUGGGAUGCUGCCCUUGACGCUCUUCUCUGUUCCCUACUUCUUUAAAAACCACUCUGAUGUCACUUGAGUGUCUGUUCUGUUUCAGAUACCCAGGCUGCUGCUGCUCAUACACAGUUACCCAGUUUGGUAAACUCAGCCCAGCUAAACCUCAGCUCUCUCAAGUUUAAACUUAGGUGAUUUGGACUGAGUAUAUUGUUGGCUGAGUGGCCAAGAGGGAAUGGAUGCUUUCACUGAACUCUGGGCUUCUGAGCAGUGUUGGUACCAAAAAUUACUUUUUUUUUUUUGGCUGAGUCCAGGUUUGAACCUGCCUCCUCCAGUGUAUGGGGCCAGCACCCUACUCCUUGAGCCACAGGUGCCACCCUAUUUUUUAAACUUUCAAGCAACUUUGUGAAGUGGUGGGAUUAAAUCACAGCCUGUUAAUAGCUGUGCUUUGUCUCAUAGGGAAAAUCCCAUGGAAGUCUCUGUGCCCUGCAGACAACAGCAAGGCUAAAAGCACUUGGUGGCUAAGAAAUGCCUGUUGCCCAAGGCUGUUGGGAGGGGGGGAUGAGAUGUCCUAAGAACAGGAAGGCCUUUUAUGAAACAUCCAGUCUCUUCCUGUUCUCUCCUACCCUAGGUUGGGUGGGGAUUACACGUGACCCAUGGGCCACCCAACAUGGCUCUAGAUUCCCUUGUAGGUGGCCAGCAAUAGGGGCUGUAGCCUUUUCUGCCUGUUCCCUAAGCCUGCUGACCUUUAACAGGCCUGAGAAGCAGACGCUCAGCAGUACCUGCAGGGCAACACCUAGGAAGUUGUUCCUUUUGGCCAACUCCUUCCCAGUGCCUUGCCCUGCACCCAAUGGCUUCUCCCACCGCUGGGGUCACAGCACUACUUCAUUUGUUCAUGAAUAAUUUUCAGAGCAAUAAAGGGUGUCCUGGGCCUUGGGGGUCUGGAGCUUGGACUGUGCCACAGGGCAACAUAAGGGUAGCCUUACCUCUGAGGUUGGUGGUGCUGACGUUCGCUCUGCAAGGUCAGCUCAAGGGUGUCUAGAAGUCUGGAUAUUGAGCAGGCCUGUCAGGGUGUUGUCACCCACACUGGGAGCAUGUGGCAGGUGCAGCAGCGAGAACAUCUCCCUCUUCAGCCCACUACCUAGGAGCCUGUGUGUGCCCUAUCUCCAGGCCACUGCACUGUGUGACCCUGAGCCCUUUAACCAUAUUAAACUCUCAAACGCACAAUGACUCAGGUGUUCUUUGCUCUUGUGUCACACUAGCACUGUACCUUGCACUGAGGUGGCAGCUGCAGCUGUUCCUACAGAUAGGAACAGGGAAGGGUAAUAGAAGGGCUGACUGGGAUUCCAGUUCCACAGGUGGAAUGCUGUCCAUCCCAUUUCAGGCUAUUACAGGGGAACAAGUUCUAAAGAAUCAAGAGAAGCAAUAGGGAAUACAUAGGGAAAUUGGAGAAAGGGUAGACCAUGAAGAGAAGUUGGCUGAGGCAGGCACACACACAUGCUGAGCUACAGUGUUAGAUGGCUGGAGGUAAGGGGUGGGAGUGGAAUUGAGUGAGCUGCCCAGGGUAGGUGGGACACUGAGGCAGACCUAACCAUCUGGCAUGCAGGAGGCUGCGUCUGGGUGUCUGUGCAUGGUCCAGCCUCCUGCAGUCUGCUGUGUAGUGUGCUUUCUGCAGGAUCCUGUCUUGUGCUGGUGGGGGCUGUUGAGUGGCUGAGGGUGCACAGGCCCACACCAUGAGUUCACUCAAUAAGCAUUUAUUGAAAGCUUGCUGUGUGCUCGAGCCUGUCCCUGGGAGUCAAUAACCCAAAAGACUCUGUCUGACACAGACCUCUUCAGGAAAACUUAAAUCAGCCUCAGCUAGACUUAGCAAUUUGCCUCAACCAGGCCCAGGCUGCCCUCCAGUUAGGCUAGACUUGAUUUCCAUGUGGCUGUACCCUACACCCUUCCAGAUCAGUGCUCUGCAGUCCACACAGACCACAGUCCAAGUAUCUGGAGAGCCAGGCCUCCUGGUGACAAGUGCCCCCAGGUGCAGGGGAGGGGACUAUCCUGACUCUGACCUGGAUAUCAGAUCCGAAUCUGAACCUGAACCUGGGAAGGAGGCGGUGGGUCAGGAGGGGAGGGGUACAGUUGUUUGGCUCAUCAAAGGUAUCCUGAGGUUUCCUGGGUGAGGCUGUAGGCAAGGGGCUGCAGACAAUCGGUACAUUGUCAGCAGGGGCUACAGCAUGGAGCAAGGGAGCUGCCGCACUGAGAGCUGUGGGCCCAGGCCUGCUGGGGUGAAAACCAAGCUCCAUCCUGGAGGCUGGAGAGCCACUGGCCUAUUGCUACUGCUGCUGCUGGCACUGGCCACUGCGGGAGCUGUGGCUGGGGGGCUCCUUGGCCUCCUUGCUCAGGGCCCUCCCAAGCCAUUGCUGCAGAUGCUGCAACUGACCCUUGCAAACCCCAAGGUCCCCCAGUCCAACCAAACCAUCCUGGUGGAUGUGGCCCAGAACUCAGCAACCAUUACAGUGACUCCUCCUCAGAGCAACCGCAGCUGGGUGGUGCUGUUCGACGGGCAGAGUGUGAGUGGACAGGGAGGGGUCAUGCCCAGGUGUCUGGAGUGGCCCUCCCUCACGCCCCUGCCUCCCCAGGGCUGCAUCUGUUACCGCCCUGAGAAGCACCAGGCCUGCUUUCUCCGCCUGAUGGAGGACCGGGAUUGGGAGACCCUGCAGCUGCUGGUGAAUGCCUCAAGGGUCCAAGGGUCCUGUACCCCCAGCCAGGACACCCACUAUGCCCAGGAGCUGCUGGCCGUGCUAGGGAGCCAUGAGGUGGACCCUGCCCAGGUGGGGGCUUUGGUGCAACAUCUUUGUGCAAAGACCCCUAUCUACUGGGCCCGUCGAGCAGAGGGGCCCCAGAGGCAGCAGCGGUUGAUCUAUCUCUGCAUUGACAUCUGCUUCCCAAGCAACAUCUGCGUGUCGGUCUGCUUUUAUUACCUCCCAGACUAA